AGAUAAUGUUAUACGAUACUUCCUGAGGCUGGUCCAUUUUACAAAUUUGUUUAAUGAAAAAGAGUACAUUUAGUGAUUUUUUUAGUCUAACUAAACACAAUGUCUGAUCCAACAAUACAAACAUUCUGUUGUCACCAUUCUGGUAAAAAUGAGGAUAUGGCUGUGAGAAUUAUGAAAGAGUUCAAUACCGAUUCAUAUAACACUGUUUGUUUGGUUUCUUCUACAAUCGGUAUUUUAGGCGCAUUAUUCCAGAUUCUACACUAUGUAUGGCAGAAUAUACCACAAAGAUACAACACCUUUACAUCCAGCCGUGGCCGAAACAUUAUAAUGUGGCUAGCUGUUGCAGAUUUAUUGGCAUCCUCUGGUGUCCUUAUAAGAUCUUCACUUUGGUUGAAAUACAAAACUAUUAUGCCUAUGCCAGAUGAUGGUUUUAGUGUACUAUUCUGCAGUAUUACUUCAGCUUGGACUCAAUAUUUCUAUACAGCAACUUGGUUCUGGACUCUGUUCUAUGCCAUAGACACUUGGCUUACUAUUAAGGGCAGGGACUCUCACCAGAUGGUUUACCACUCGGUGGCCUGGGGCCUGCCGGCCGUCACUACGGGAGUGGGCCUGUCUAUUCUUUAUUACCCAGAUGCAACAUGUCACAAUUUAACAUCAGUCACAAGUGCCCUGCUAAAAAUUCUACCCAACUACUGUGCAACAUAUGUGCCCAUAGCGCUUGUGAUGAUAGUCAACCCCAUCAUGUAUGUGCUUGCUGGCAAAGAUGUUGAAAUGGCUGUGGCGUUGCCGCUCGCUCAGUUCACUAGUAAAGAACGGAGGGUUGUCGACGCUUUAAGACUGAAGUUUUUCAUGAUAAAUGCAGUAUUCUACAUUUGCUGGUUACCAAACCUUUUGAACGGAAUACUGUUAUGGACUAUGUGGUUCAAUAUGCCCGUAAAAGUUAUAAUAUCUAUUUGGUAUGUAAUGGCUUUAAUGAACCCAAUGCAAGCGCUAUUCAACGCCCUGGUGUAUCGCAAAUGGAGUUCCACCGGGUACAGCAUGGCGCCCACGAUGUCCAGUGCCACAGUGAAAGGGCUGCAGUUCGACGAGCAGUCCCCGCUGCUGGGCUCGGAGCCCCCGCGGCUGCAUUUAGACCCGAUGCCGUCUAGUAUUAACAAUUAUUCCACCCUGUGAUUUAAUAGUCAAUGUAAAGACUGCCAGUGAUGGUCACAUCGAACUUCAUUUAAGUAAAUAGUAGGUAUACGCUGCGUCAAAUCAAUGGCCAGUUCAAAAUAAGACUUUUAGGUAAUUAGUA